AAAAAAGACGCCUAUAAUCUGUCCCAUAGCAAUGCCUCUCCCAAAAAUGAUGCAGAUCUCAACAACAAAAAAACAGCAACAUUGCAAAGGCCGAAACAAAAGGGUCCUCCUAUUCUUCGGACAUGCUUGGACGAAACAGUAAACAUUCCGUCGGGAAACGCCAAUUAUGCAAUUUGCAAAUCUGUGGGUUGAGCUAGCUCGCGGCUGGCGCCCCUUCUCGAACAGAAACAGCAAAGAACAAAACCAUAGAAAU